AUCUUUCCUGCAAAACCACCGAUGGCUCCAAAAACAAGCAAAUAUAUUGACGACAACAGCGACGAAGAAGACUAUAAACCUGGCAAAGACGUAAAAGAAGAGGAAGAAGAGUUUGAAGAAGAAACGAAGCCAGAGGCCAAACGUCAGAAGCGUAAGAGAGAAGAACCUAACACAACCACUGCUAGCACUGGUAGCACAUCGUCAGAAACACCGCGCGACACCCAAGGAAAUCAAUAUUUAGAAUUAUCUGCUAAGCGAAGAGUUACCAUUCGUGCGUUCAGCUCUGGCGAGCCAUCCGUUGAUAUCAGAGAAGUCUACAGAGAUAAAAACACAGGAGAACUGCGUCCAGGCAAAGGUAUAUGUCUGCCGAUGGCACAAUGGAAAAAAUUAAAGGAAUUGAUCCCAGCCAUUGAUACCGCCAUUGAGCGACUCUGAGUCACACUAUCUCAAAAAAUCGCCAUAAAAUAAAGCCGCCCUCAAGCUAAAACAUUUUUUUUUUGAAGAU